UUUUCUGUAAUAUUAAACGUGUCGUAUUCAACGUCUUCAGUCUCCAAGAAGAUCACGAGUUUGGCUUUUGGUACAAUGUCUUUGUCUUUAACUACUACUCUGGCGCAACCAAAGCUGUGAAGCGAGCAACAUAACAACAGUGUCGAUCUUCUCGUUGUUAUCAAUCAUCAAUGGCUCUCGUGGAAGAACCAAUCCUUUCAAGAUUGGACCGUAUUGAUUUCAUGGUGAGGAAGCUAGAGGAGAUGAAAGGAAGCUCGAGUCCAUCGACUCCAUCAAGUGGCCGUACUCAGACAUCUUCACUAGAUCUGUCUUCCCCGCGGAGGAGGAGCAUAGGGAAACAUCAGUGCCGUUCUAUGGAGCAAGUGAUGGAGGAAGCUGAGCGUAAAGGAACGUUGUUAGAGAGACUAUACAAUGUGGAGGAGCAAGUUCUUAAGUUGUGUUCACACUAUGAGGAAGAGAUUAAGGAGGAUAAAGAGAAGAAGACAAAGAAGAAGAAGAAAGGGUUGAGGAAACUGGUUGAUAAAGUUGUUGGACCUUCUUCUUCUCCGAGUAAUAGUCAUUCCAAGAGCUGGCGUUGCUGAGACGUUCUACUAUGUUCCACAUCCAUCAUCGAUGUGUAAUAAAACCCUGUGUGAAAAGCUUUUUCUUUUUUCUUUGAUGAACCAAGUAGAUUCUUGAAUUUUAUCAAAUUUGUUUUUAAUACUCCCACACCUGUUUUUUGUUAUUUUGGAAUGCCUUUGUUACAUCUGAUUACACUGUGCAAUAUCUCGGAAUGCAGCAGCAACAUUAUGUGCAA